UGAUUCAAUAGGUGAAUGGGUGAACAGGGGUACCUACGGAGUUUACAUGACCUUUAGUUUCCAGGCAAGGCAAACCGACUUGGCAUCAAAUUUCACGCAAUCACUCGUGGGUCUCAUGAAAAGAAUGCCUAUAAAAGAAUGUACUACCGCAUGCAGCCGCCUCUGGCAAUUGAUCAGUCUAUUCAUAUGUGGGUUGACUUGGUUGUUUUGCGCCAUUUUUACUACCCGACAUUUUACAGCCUUUACAGGCAACGUGCGCGGUUCACAUUUGUUUACAUCUGCAGUGAAAAAAAACCCCGACUCCAACGAAGAAAAAUCUCUACUUUGUACAAAAUGAAUCGCCAAAGACAUAUGUCUCGACGGAGACUUUUUCGACUUGCUGAACUGGUUGCAGAAUUGGAGGAUUCAUACGAAGAUCAGGGACAGCCUGGCCCGUCUACUAUGUGCACAAAUCCGACACUACGGGACACGUUGGAUAGUAGUAGUACUAGUGUGGACACUGGCCGGGAUUCUUCGGACGCGGAGUCUGCGAUCUCAGAACGCAUAGGCACGUCAGGGGAAACGUCUGCGAACAAUUCAGAGCUUUCUGAAGAAACCGAUUCGAAAAUAACUCUGAGGAAGCUUUAUCUGCAAAAUAAACAACUGGAGGCCCAGCUGCAGAAACAGAGCAAGGAACUGCAGGCGAUGGGGAGACGUCUUGAGACUUCUGGAGUGAAAUCUAAGGGAAGACGUGUCAUUGCGCCUCUUCAAUGCUCGCAUGCCGUCCGUGAAGUCUAUGGCGAGCUCUUCAAGGACGGAGAUGAUGGAUUCAAUUUUUACGAUAUGAAAAGCAGUGCAGAAAACGAAGGGGUGAUUUCUCAAUUUAUCCACAAAGUCCAGUCUACGCAUGGGCGAGAGAGAUGGACCACGGAGCAAAUCAAAAAAGCCUGUAAGACGUACUUCACCUCCCUAAAAGACAAACAGAGGCGACAAGAGCAGGGGACAUACAAACAACACACGGACGAUGCACGCAAACGGAGUCGCAAGUAUCGGAAACUACAAAGACGCCAAAGCAGCCUCCGGGCGAUAGAUCUGCCGGAUGCUAAGAGGAAGGAGGCUGAGGAGGUGUUAACCCUCGCGUACAUGUCCUCAGAGGAGAGCAUGACCGAGGAGGAGGAGGAGGAGGAUGGGGGAGGGGACCAGAGACGGAAGGUCAGGAGGCUCCGCAAACUGCCGUGGGAGAGGUAUCGCCUGACUGCAUUGAAGAAUAAGCUGGAUACUCAUUUUGUGAGGACCGCUUCCACGUUAGUUUCGCGGAUGCUGCCUGAGUUUGUCUCCGGGUUGCCUUCGACAAGACCCCCUCCUGCAGACGCACCGUCAUGGGCAAUCAGACCAGCAAGCUCCAACUCUUAAAGUACCGUAUAAUCCCCGUUUCGAAUUGCAGUCUCCAUGCUUCACCCUAGUCUGGUUUUCCUGACUAGACGGUCCUGACUUCUCGAAAUAGAUCAUGUAGCUCAGGUAACUGUCACAUUCAGGAUGCAACCAAGUAAAUAGGCCAAAAAUCCGCCCGCCCAGCUCGUGAAUAAUUGUUAUACAUUGAAAUUAUUCCUAUAUUAGGGAGUUCUAAGAGCCAUGGAAUUGGGGGAUCGAAGACAUUAUGGUACUGCACCUCUGACCUGGACUUUGGGCUUCCAAAUCUGAGCAUUCUGGAUGCAAUUAGGUCCUUAGUGGCGCUAUUGUCGAAAUGGCUACUUUUCCAAUUUGGGAAUGUUCGUUUUAAGGGUGGUCUACUUUGGAUGAGAAUUUCUCCAACAGUUCAUUGGUCAACCCACCAACAAUUGAAUGGAGAAAUGAAAUUUAUGUUGAUCCACAUUAAUUGUUUUUUUUCCCGGUGUAGCCUGAACUACUGUGAGAGUUCUUACUAUUUUUUGAAGAACCUUAAAAUAAGGGGAUUUAUCACGCAUAAGAGAAGUUAUUUACUUGGUUGCACCCUUCAUAGCGUAGCAAAGCCCUUCCCUUGCAUAAGGCACUUAAGGCACGUCUUCAGUGGACAUUAUGAUCGAGAUAGGCUUACCUGGUGUUGUACAUCUGAAACGCAAGCCUUGAAUUAUUGAUGAAUUUCAAAGUAAGUAGAAACCAUUUAACACCCGGAAAUACCUGAGUUAUCGCGAACCUAAUUAUCAGGUUAACUAAGUGAAUUCGGUAAGCUACGGACAUUUUCGGCAGGACACGUGCCGUGGCGACCAUUGUAGGAAUAGUCAGAAUCUUUUGGUCUGAAAACCAGACUAGCUGUACCCCACUCGUUCUGACUAUUUAGCUGGUGUUUUUUUUACUACUAUCAUCGUAAUAUAAUUCAUAUUGGGCGAUGCAUUUCUUUU